UAAGUUUUCAAUUUACCGUAAACAAAGGCGACGCGCGUCGACCUGGAAGUGAAAGCCGGAACCCGGCCGGAGUAGCUCCGUGCACCGGCUGUGAGGAAGGAGGUCCGGGGCAAGCUGCAGCCAUGGCUGUGGCUGUAGCCAUGGCGGGCUCCAUAAUCGGGUCGGAGCCAGGCCCCGCGGAAGAACUUGCCAAACUUGAGUACCUGUCUUUGGUGUCGAAGGUUUGCACUGAGCUGGACAAUCACUUGGGGAUCAACGACAAGGACUUAGCUGAAUUUGUGAUCAGUCUUGCUGAGAAAAAUACCACCUUUGAUACUUUUAAGGCUUCUCUCGUCAAAAAUGGUGCAGAAUUUACGGAUUCUCUUAUUAGUAACUUGCUGCGUCUCAUACAAACCAUGCGACCUCCAGCGAAGCCUUCCACUAGCAAAGAUCCAGUUGUUAAACCUAAAACGGAAAAAGAAAAGCUGAAGGAACUCUUCCCUGUCCUUUGCCAACCGGACAACCCUUCUGUUCGGACCAUGUUGGAUGAAGAUGAUGUGAAAGUUGCUGUGGAUGUCCUGAAAGAAUUGGAAGCUUUAAUGCCCAGCGCAGCAGGCCAGGAGAAGCAAAGAGACACUGAGCACCGGGACAGGACAAAGAAGAAGAAGCGGAGUCGAAGCCGAGAUCGAGACCGAGAUCGGGAACGAAAUCGAGAUAGAGACCACAAGCGGAGACACCGAUCCCGUUCGCGAUCACGCUCCAGGGCCCGGGAGAGGAACAAAGCCAAGUCUAGACACCGGUCAAGGAGCAGGAGUCAGAGUCCCCCCAAAGACCGGAAGGACCGGGACAAAUACGGAGAGAGGAAUCUGGAUAGAUGGCGGGAUAAGCAUGUGGACCGCCCUCCUCCUGAAGAGCCCACCAUUGGGGACAUUUAUAAUGGCAAAGUUACCAGCAUCAUGCAGUUUGGUUGCUUUGUGCAGCUGGAAGGACUAAGGAAGCGGUGGGAAGGCCUGGUGCACAUCUCUGAGCUCCGGCGGGAAGGUCGUGUGGCCAAUGUAGCUGAUGUGGUGAGCAAAGGCCAGAGGGUCAAAGUUAAAGUGCUGUCCUUCACUGGGACCAAGACCAGCCUGAGCAUGAAGGAUGUGGAUCAAGAGACCGGAGAAGAUCUAAACCCAAAUAGACGACGAAAUCUUGUUGGGGAGACCAAUGAGGAGACCUCAAUGCGGAAUCCUGAUAGACCCACUCACCUAUCCCUUGUCAGUGCCCCUGAAGUAGAGGAUGACUCACUGGAACGCAAGCGCCUCACCCGAAUCUCUGAUCCAGAGAAGUGGGAGAUCAAACAGAUGAUUGCUGCCAAUGUCCUUUCUAAGGAAGAGUUUCCAGACUUCGAUGAAGAGACUGGCAUUCUCCCUAAGGUGGAUGAUGAAGAAGAUGAGGACCUUGAGAUUGAAUUGGUUGAAGAAGAGCCUCCAUUCCUGAGAGGGCACACUAAGCAAAGCAUGGACAUGAGCCCCAUUAAAAUCGUCAAGAACCCAGAUGGCUCCCUCUCCCAAGCAGCAAUGAUGCAAAGUGCCUUGGCCAAAGAAAGGCGGGAACUCAAGCAGGCCCAGCGGGAAGCCGAGAUGGAUUCUAUUCCCAUGGGGCUCAACAAACACUGGGUUGACCCUCUGCCUGAUGCGGAAGGCAGACAGAUUGCUGCCAACAUGAGGGGUAUUGGGAUGAUGCCCAAUGAUAUUCCUGAGUGGAAGAAACAUGCUUUUGGGGGCAACAAAGCCUCUUAUGGGAAAAAGACCCAGAUGUCAAUCAUUGAGCAGAGGGAGAGCCUGCCCAUCUACAAACUGAAGGAGCAGUUGGUGCAGGCCGUCCACGACAAUCAGAUCCUGAUUGUUAUUGGUGAGACAGGAUCUGGAAAGACAACACAGAUCACCCAGUACCUGGCGGAGGCAGGCUACACUUCCAGGGGCAAGAUUGGGUGUACCCAGCCCAGAAGAGUGGCAGCAAUGUCAGUGGCCAAAAGGGUGUCGGAGGAGUUUGGUUGUUGCUUAGGCCAAGAGGUGGGCUACACCAUUCGAUUUGAGGACUGCACUAGCCCUGAAACAGUCAUCAAGUACAUGACAGAUGGGAUGUUGCUUAGGGAGUGCUUGAUCGACCCUGACCUCACUCAGUAUGCAAUCAUCAUGUUGGACGAGGCACAUGAGAGGACAAUUCACACCGAUGUGCUCUUUGGAUUGUUGAAAAAGACAGUUCAGAAACGGCAGGACAUGAAGCUGAUUGUCACCUCAGCCACCUUGGAUGCAGUGAAGUUUUCUCAAUACUUCUAUGAAGCUCCCAUUUUCACCAUCCCAGGUCGAACAUAUCCAGUGGAAAUACUGUACACAAAGGAGCCUGAGACAGAUUAUCUGGAUGCCAGCCUGAUUACUGUUAUGCAGAUCCAUUUAACAGAGCCACCAGGUGAUAUCCUGGUCUUCCUGACUGGUCAGGAAGAGAUUGAUACUGCUUGUGAGAUCCUGUAUGAAAGAAUGAAAUCCCUGGGACCUGAUGUUCCGGAGUUAAUUAUCCUCCCAGUGUACUCUGCGCUUCCCAGUGAGAUGCAGACCCGAAUCUUUGACCCAGCUCCACCAGGCAGCAGAAAGGUUGUGAUUGCCACCAAUAUUGCAGAGACAUCGCUGACUAUUGAUGGCAUCUACUACGUGGUGGACCCAGGAUUCGUGAAGCAGAAAGUUUACAAUUCCAAGACAGGGAUUGACCAGCUUGUGGUGACGCCUAUUUCUCAGGCUCAGGCAAAGCAACGAGCUGGCAGAGCUGGGAGAACAGGCCCAGGGAAGUGUUACAGGCUGUAUACAGAACGUGCCUACCGAGAUGAAAUGCUCACCACCAAUGUGCCGGAAAUCCAGAGAACCAACUUAGCAAGCACGGUGCUGUCACUCAAGGCCAUGGGUAUCAAUGACCUGUUGUCCUUUGAUUUCAUGGAUGCCCCACCAAUGGAAACUUUGAUCACCGCCAUGGAGCAGCUGUAUACACUGGGGGCCCUGGACGAUGAGGGCCUGCUCACUCGCUUGGGCCGCCGGAUGGCAGAGUUUCCUCUGGAGCCAAUGCUAUGCAAAAUGCUCAUCAUGUCUGUGCAUCUGGGCUGCAGUGAGGAAAUGCUGACCAUUGUAUCCAUGCUGUCUGUGCAGAACGUCUUCUAUAGGCCCAAGGAUAAACAAGCCCUUGCAGAUCAGAAGAAGGCCAAAUUCCACCAGACUGAAGGAGACCACCUCACCCUGCUAGCUGUGUACAACUCCUGGAAGAAUAACAAGUUCUCCAACCCAUGGUGCUAUGAGAACUUUAUCCAGGCUCGUUCCCUGCGCCGGGCCCAGGACAUUCGCAAGCAGAUGUUAGGCAUAAUGGACAGACACAAGCUGGAUGUUGUUUCCUGUGGCAAGUCCACAGUCCGAGUACAGAAGGCCAUCUGCAGUGGGUUCUUCCGUAAUGCCGCCAAGAAAGACCCGCAGGAGGGUUACCGGACGCUGAUUGACCAGCAGGUGGUCUACAUCCAUCCUUCCAGUGCCCUCUUCAACAGACAGCCAGAAUGGGUGGUAUACCACGAGCUGGUGCUGACCACCAAGGAAUACAUGCGUGAGGUUACCACCAUCGACCCCCGGUGGCUUGUGGAGUUUGCCCCCGCCUUCUUCAAGGUCUCUGACCCAACUAAGCUAAGCAAACAGAAGAAGCAGCAGCGUCUGGAACCCUUGUACAACCGCUAUGAGGAACCCAAUGCCUGGAGAAUAUCCCGGGCCUUCCGACGGCGCUGAAAGGCAAGCGUGUUCAUUUCCCUCUCCGGCAGCAGUAGCCCGGGACUUGGACGUAUUCUCAUUGAUGACAGGCCGGUCCUGAGAAUACAGCUGUCCUGUGACUGACUGUCUUAACUGGGCAUUUUCUCAACUUGACUCUUAUUUCUUCCCUGCUAAUAAAAUAGAAACAGGGAUUUAGGCUUGGCUUUGGCAAGAGCCUCCAGGCCCCAUCACCCCAAGUCCUUGGGGCCUGUUGGGAGCUCAUAGCUAACACGGAGACACAUUGCAUCAACUUCAAGAAAGGGGCAACUUGUGCAGUCCCAGGAUGGGAAAGGGGAGUGGGUGAGUGUCUCGUGCAAGGACACGGUGAGGGCGCUGAUGCCCCAGCUGGCAGGACCUACUGUGCUCAUCCAAAGUGUGUGCCCCAGGGCUUCCCACCCCUUCUCCAGCCCCUGUACUUUGGUUUGACCUCUAUGGAAAUAUUUAUUUUCUUAAGGAAUCUAAAAUGAUUUUCUGUGACUGUUUCUUUUAGCUGAAAGGGUAGGAUACUGGCCUGGGCUCAGGGUGAGGGAGAUUUAGUAUCUGUGCUCAGGUGCACAUGAUGAGAAUCCCCUAAAACCAGAGGACAGGGCCUCUUUGGGCCCAGAAAUGAUGUACAGCCCAGACCUCCAGCCUUGUCUUUCGGCAUCCGCGGCCAUGCUGGGGGAUCGGCCCAUGAUUAACCACGUCCUCUCCACAGAGCAUGUCAGUCUGGAGGCCUGAGUGGUUACAGAUGCCACAUAUUAAACACAGAAGGUUUCCCUCCGCUCCCUCAACCUCCCACCACAUUCACAACGUGCAGCAUGUCCCAUUUCCUUUUGAAACAUACUAAGUAACAACGCAGCUUGUAUUUUAUUUUGUUUUUAUUUUUUUCCCCUGAGGUCCUGGAUGGACUUUAACAAAGGAAUUUUAUGGUCAAAACCUCCCCUUUUCCCACCCCAGACAGAAAUCACACAUAACACCUCUCCCCUCAGCUGGUCUGUGCUGCCUGGAAUCUGUGCUCCAGGGCUUGUUCCCGUGGGUUUUUCCUGGCACUUGGUUGGGGAAUGGCCGCCUCCUUAUGCCCCCCUCACAGCUCCUGAGGAGGCUACAGUGAGAGCCACUGUCCUCGGCACCGAGGAGGCUCCUUACCUGGAAGGACAUCAGGCAGGUCUUGCCAGGCCAGGUUGUGGAACUUGUGGAAAGCUGGUCUGGACGUAGUGCUUGUAGAGAAGCCGCUGGGAGAUUGGGCACAUCCUCUUACGGUGCUGCUUCUCCCAUCCUUAGGUUAUUAGCAAGUUCUGAAGUGAUGUAAAUGCUAGAACUACUGUAGAACUGUAUACCAGAAACUAAAAGAGACUACACAACAUGGCAGGAUAUAAAGGAAUGUAUAUUGUCACUGGGCAGCAAACCACACCCUAAAGACACAAUUCAGAGAGUCCAAGGGAGAGGAAUAUAGGCCAGGCAACCUGCUGACUGCUGAUCCCUGCCCCUUUGUUAAGCUGGGUGAGUGUCCUGAUUCUGUCUUUGUGCCUUCAGUAAGCCCAGGCCAGUCAUCAAGGGGCAGGGAAUUGUUGUGUGUUAACCUUGAAGCCUUCUGGGGAGAGACAGAGCAGGGACCUCAAAUGAAGCCAAAGGGGAAACGGGGACUGGCAUCCACCUCCCCAGUCUCGUUUUGUUUUAUUUUUUGAGAUAUGAUCUUGAGCCCAGGCUGGCGUCAAACUCCUGGGCUCAAGUUAUCCUCCUGCCUCAGCCUCCCCAGUAGCUCGGACUAUAGGUGCACACCACCACACCUGUCUCCCAGUCUUAAUUCCAGCCUAAAUCUUCCCCAUUCAGAAACAAACUCCUGGAUGUGGUGGCCCACCCUGUCCCGGCUGAGUGCCCAGCACUGAUAGUGUUGGCACCUGGGGAGGGAGGCUUAGGUUUUAAGCUGAGGUUGAAAAGGAAUGUUGACUGGGCCAAGGAUAAUGGCAGCAGGGUUGGUUAUCUUUCUGGCUCAGGUGAGGAAAAAAGGAUCCCCAUUCUGUGGGUGUUCCUUGACCAUCUCUACCCUAGAGCCGAGGUCACUUCUCUGCUAUGACAGCAUAGCUGGGGACUGACCUUUUGACUAUCAGGAAAGCAGUGUGGGGAGCUGAGCUGAGCCUGCUCUGCGGGAGAGGAGGGGGUCCUGUCCAGAUGCAGAAGGGGAGCUUGCCUGCUGCUCUCGCACAAUGGAGCCCUUGUUUCUCUUCAUUGAACCAGUAUUUCCCAAGAUUGAGUGACAGCCCAGGAGAGGAUGUGGGUCUCAUGCAGAGAGCUGGGAUCUUUUUGGCCAUUAAAGUAUAUUGUUCACCCCAACCCAGCGGGAAGCAGGCUCAGGAGUUGCCUGCCUCUGCACACGUGCUGAGUGCACUGUUUAUAUAUAUUGGGGACCGUCCCCAUGGGGCAUGUGUGAGCCCUGCUGCUGGGUCAGGCUCCUCAGUCCAGGUUUACUUCAUCCUGCCUGGACGAAUUGGCUUUUGACUGUCUACUGCAGCCCAAGGCACUUCCUCCCCAUGGGUGCUAUAGCUGUCUCAUUGGAGCAGUGCCCCUCCAAGUUUGAGGAUUUGAACAAAGAACUGGGACUGGUGACCUGUUAGUGAACAGUUCAGAGGGCAGAGACAAUCCUCUCAGCUUGCAGAGACCUCGCUUUCCCUGGAUGCUACUUCUCAUCUCAAUCCCUCUCUUCGUGUGUGUACUCAGCCCUCAGGGUCUCCACCAGGUUUUUAUACCUUCUUCCCACCAUGAUAGCUUGGCUUUAAUGUGGAAUUAAAUUAUAUAUUUUUAAAACUUA